AUGAGCGAAGAACUGCGAACCUUUCUUAUCGGAAAAGGAGUAGCCACAAGUCGUACAACUAGUUACAAUCCUGAAGGAAAUGGUCAGGUAGAGCGGUACAAUGGCAUAAUCUGGAAAGCAAUCGUCACCUGCCUUAAAUCGAAGAAUCUUCCACUAAAAUAUUGGCAAGAAGUUCUCGUGGACGCUCUACAUUCGGUGCGCUCACUUUUAUGUACAGCGACAAACAAGACACCCCAUGAACGUUUCUUUAGUUUCUCCCGAAGAUCAACCGUUGGAAGCUCUAUACCUUCAUGGUUAUUACAGCCUGGACCUGUUCUCAUUAAACGUCAAGUCCGAUCAAGCAAACAUGACCCGCUCGUAGACGAAGUAGAACUGCUUCAAGCUAACCCUCAUUACGCUCACGUGCGCUAUCCAGAUGGCAGAGAAACUACGGUAGCUAUUAAGCACCUUGCACCUCGGGACCAGGAAAUGACCUGUCAACCAUCGGUGGCACGAAACGACAACAACUCAAUCUCGAAUGCUGAGGUAACGGGCAGUCCUGCUGACGAUACAACUGAUGAGCCACAAGAUUUCGGAAGAUCAAAUGGAGAACAAGGUGACUCAACCCAAAACGAACAAUCCUCUUCGAUAGAGAAACCAGGAAUUAGUCAUUCGGUAGAAGAACAUAAUGCAGACUUUUCCUUAAGACGGUCGACACGCACGCGUCGACCUGUUGACAGAUUAAACUUAUGA